AUGUCAAAUGAAAUUAAUGAAACUAAAGAAACGGUAGAAAAAAGACUUAAAAAGCGUAAUAUUAAAAGAGCGAAGGUGCUCGGGGCAUACUCUGAAGAGGAAGAUCGUCAACUUCUAAAUUUAUUUAGUCAAUAUUCAAAUAAAAUAAAUAAAUGGAGAAUGUUUGGUGACAAAUUAAAGCGAAAUCAUAAAAGUGUUCGCGAACGAUAUGUUAAUCAUUUGGACCCAACGAUCGAUAAGGAUCCAUUGACAGAAGAUGAAAAGUUAAAAAUUAACUCUCUUCAAGAUGACCCAUCUUAUUAUAAAAAAUGGGCAAAAAUAGCAGAAGAAUUUUGUCUUAAGAAAUGUGGAUAUUAUACUUAUUCUUCCAAAUGA